AUGCAUAUUUGGAAUUUUGGUGCAAUUCAAAUUAUUUUGGUACCUGGUACUGUACUGUAUAUUAGCUAUUUACGUUAUUACUAUUUUGGCAAGGAUGAAAUACUGCAGAAGUUAUCAUUUUACGUCACAUAUACUACUUGUACCUACGAAAACAAAAAAAUAAAGAGAAUGAAAGCUAACUUUGAACAAUCUGCUAAUAGUUCGACCACUAGACUUCAUGAGCGGUUGUACGGCACAGGCUCUCUAAGUGAACGAAAAAAUUACGGUUUACUGAAAAUGAAAGCACAAAAACGUCAUAAAUCUAUUAAAAGAAAGCACUGUGGAGACGGUGGAAGUUUUACACUUGCGUGCAGCACGACUUAUAAAGUAAUUGAAGAGUUGCUGAGUAUUCCUAUCAGGUGGAAUGCGAAGACUGCACGAGAGCUAUUGUUAAAGUAUACAGUAAUGCUUCGAAAAUUCGUAUGGAACCUGAUGAGAGGUAAGAAUAAAAUAUUGGAGCACUUUUGA